UCAAUUCCGGACAAAUCCCUGAAGCUGAGGGUGCAACAAAACUAUCAAAAUCUUAACAAAUGCGUGUACAUUUAUUAUCUUCAACACUCUUAUUGGUAUACCAAUUUGUAUACUUUUUCUAUUAAUCAAGGAAUUGAUUAUGAAGAGUAAUUUUAAAAUUUUGGAUUUAAUUUUUGGAUUAUCGAUGUCUGGAUGAAUUAACUGACUUCAAAGAUGUCCGAACACCCAAGACAGUCCGGAAUAAUAGAUAAUUAGUGCCUUUGAUACACCCGCCUCUUCUGUACAAUGGUAAAGGUAUGCAGGUGGGACAGUCAGACUCAGAAGACAGAGUAGGCGAACAUCCAUAUUUGAAGGCUUGCGUCUAAGUAGGCAGAUGAUGAAGUUUAGUAUUGAAGAGAUACUGCGUGGCACUGACUGCGAGGUUCAGGGAAGAACGGAGAACUUUAAAGGAAUGUGUUGGUACCAGUCAGUUCAUGGUGAAGAUACUGGGCAAAGAUUAUGUAGUGACGUAACAAGUGGAGAGGUGGAGGAGCUUGAUUCAAGCAUACACCGAAGAGCCAGAACGACCAUAACAACAUGGCAACGGAGCGAGCUGGAGAGACAGUUCACGAAGCACAGAUAUCCGACCUUUGAGAAAGUGGAGCAUCUCAGUGAACAACUUGGUCUACCACAGUAUGUUAUUAAGGUAUGGUUUCAAAACCGAAGAGCGAAAUUUCGAAAAGAAACACGGAGAAGAUCAAGCAGUUUAAAACUGCAUCGAACAAUACCUUUGACAUGUCUGCAGAGUUUUCCAUCGGCAUUUGUAAUACCUCAGGUAAAACCUCAUCAACUUGCAAGUGGACAGUCUGAUGUCAAAACGCGACAGGAAAGGGUAGUGAUACCCGAAACAGAAGCUUCAGAUUGCUUGACAAAAGAUAUGCAGCAGGAAAGACGGAAAUAUCAAGAAAUGGUGAAAUGCCGGGCAGAAUGGUUGAUGAGAAACGAACUUCAGUCAAUUGCUAAAAAACAGUUGAACCAGGAGUACCAGAAACGAUACGAAAUGGCAACAAGCAAUCAAGGUAUGCAUCCUACAUUCCACUGUCAUUGCAAUAAUUGUGAAAAGUUGCAAUGAAGGCGAGGGUGAGAGAGAAGUAAGAGAGUGGAAAACUGAUUUAGGGGGCAGCAUGUUACGAUGAUACGAAACAUUGCACCAUAUUCCUAAUAUGGUAGAAAACCCCACUCAUAUUAAAAAGUCGUUUGCUCUUUCGAUCGUAUUGGAAUAUAUGUCCAAUUUAUAACAUAGACAAGCGAAAACCCAAAACGUCCAACACCAAAUGAAACAAGCAAAUUCGUUUAUGAAAAGCCUAAAUUUUCUUUUGGCAAAUGAUUGAAGAAAUUUCCAAAUCUAUUGAUACUGUCCGUAUAAAUACAGAGAAAUAACAAGGAUAACUUCGUAGACGACCAAACUAAAAUGAUGCUAAGGAAAUAGAGGUAAUUUGGAUUUGGAGCGAUAGAGGCAAACGUUCUUUUUAAAAACGUUGUGAUGAACCGAUAUGAAAAAGCUGUUGUGUACUGAAGUUAAAUGGCUGAAUUAUUACUGUGUUGGCUGAAAUGAAUAAAUUUAUAGCUGAUAUUGUUCCUGUUAAAAGCAAAGUUUUUGCUUUCAUGCUUUUGUUUACUGAGGGUUAAAUGCGACCCUUUGCUUCGAUCUUGUUAUGCUAGCGUGCUUUCGCAUAAAUCGUUUUUUUGUAAAAAGCCUUUGUAAUUAAUUUUCGUUUGCUUUGUAACAUGGAGAAUUUUUUAUCCCCAACUCAGAAAGUGCUUUUUUGCAUAUAUAUAUUUUGUAUAUACAAAGUAUAUAUUUUUCUUUAUUCGGUAUUUGUAAAUAAUUGCAUAAGAAAUUUGAUACAGAAGAAUGCUGAACUUUCAGGAAAUAUAACGUAUUUAAUGAAAAUUUAAAAAAUCAUUGUAGUUUAUUGAAGUAUUGAGUGUAGGGAGGUUCGAUGAAGGAGGCUGCUGGAUAUUGACAAGUCUCGUUCUUGAUCUCUACAUACUGCCUAUUCGCGUUUCUUAGUUUUUUUUCAGGGUUGUAAAACUAGUCGAUAGCUGGCCUAAACUGGAAUUAUUCCGUAACUUCAAUUUCCACCUCACUGAGCC